UCUACUAAUCGAUCCAACUUCCACACUCGCUCUACUCAGCACCAACUACAACCUUUUUAAUACUUUCCAAGUUUUAUAUCACCACCACCGCAAAUAUGAAGUACGCUGUUGUUGCCGCUGCCCUCGUCGGUGCCGUCAUGGCCCAGAACUCCACCGCUGGUGCCGUCCCUGCCACCGGCUGUGUCCUCAAGUACAACACUUGCAGAACCACCCGCGUCAACGGCCUCAGCGCCAACCAGGCACAGUGCGCUUCCGAGUACGCUUCUUGCCUCGGCGAGAACCCCUUCACUGAGGGCUACUCUACCCUUCCCGGAGCUCCUGCUUCCACUGCUGCCGCUAACGGAACCGCUGCCGCUACCUCCGGCGGUAUGGUUUACGUCACCGAAGUUGUGACUGCGUAAGUCGUUUGCCAAAUCACCUUUUGAUCAAUUAGGUCUAAUUCGCGACCAGCGUUACUACUUACUGCCCUGCUGCUACCGCCGCUGCCUACGUUACCACCAUUGCCAACAAGGUCUUCACCGUCAGCUCUGCCACCACCCAAGCCCGCCACUGCCACCAC